AUGCCUGUCUUCCGACCCUCUCGCCGAGACGAAUUCGAGGUCGCAAUCAUUUGCGCGUUACGAAUCGAAUACAACGCCGUAUCCUACGUCAUCGACGAGUUCUGGGACGAGGAUGGCGAUCCGUAUGGGCGAGCUCCUAAUGAUCCGAAUACCUACACAACCGGCCGCAUCGGCAACUUCAAUGUCGUUCUUGCUCUAUUAUCACGAAUGGGCAAGAUCAACGCCGCAAGCGCUGCAGCUUCCAUGGCCAUGAGCUACAGUGGCCUACGGAUGGCCCUUCUUGUCGGAGUCUGUGGCGGUGCGCCUCGCAAUAGGAAUGAAGAAAUCUUGCUGGGGGACGUUGUCAUAAGUAGCAGCGUCAUCGAGUAUGACUUCGGUAGGCAGUAUCCGGACAACUUCGUACGGAAAGCUUCUCUCCAAGAUAGCCAUGGCCGGCCAAACAAGGAGAUCCGCAACUUGCUGGCAACACUUGAGACUGACCGAGGGCUCAGCCUUCUUGAAAAACGCACUAUAUCUUUCCUCCAAAAGAUUCAGGCUAAAGUCUCCAAGACAAAGCAUCGGGGAAAGUAUGGUUACCCGGGAACGUCGGAGGAUACGCUGUUCGAGACAGCCCACCGCCACAAACACCAUGUCUUGCCGAGCUGCGCUUGCGUCUCCUGUUUUAGUGACGCCGACCCCGUUUGUGAGGAGGCGAUCAACUCGUCGUGUGCGAAACUUGGAUGUAGUAACGGGCCUAUUGUUACUAGGGAACGACUACGGGCCAAGCAACGGGCAGAACAGGAGGGUGAAGCUACCGCCCAGCAUCCCACCGUGCACAUCGGGCUUGUCGCAUCGGGGGACAAGGUGAUCAAGUCUGCAGCAGAACGGGACAGGCUCUCCAAAGAAGAAGGCGUGAUUGCGUUCGAGAUGGAGGGCGCUGGCGUAUGGGACCAGCUCCCAUGCAUCAUCGUCAAGGGGGUUUGCGACUACGCUGAUAGUCACAAAAACGAAAAGUGGCAACCGUUUGCCGCUGCAACGGCAGCCUCCGCGGCCAAGGCUCUGCUAUCGUUCUGCAUCAAGACCGAUAGGCCUAGAGAUGCCUUUAGAGAGGUCAUUGAGCUGUUCUACCGCAUCGCUGCUUCGCAAGAUCAAGGGCGUGAUACGAAUAUUCUCGCCAUCAAACUCGACAUCGAGAAGUACAUUCUACUUCAAUGGGCCGAAACAGUCAAUCUUCUUCAAGAGAACUUCGACCCGCGCCUGAAAGACCCUGACACCCAAGACUCCGUCACAACAGUGCUGGGUCGCAUUCGUGACCUUCUUGCAGAUACCUCACGGAUGGAACAAGUAUAUGGGAUCAGCCGCCGUGGCGGGCUCUUAACGCCAACUGAUACUCGGGAUCACAUCCCAACCAUCUGUGGUCCAUCUUUGGACAGGCUGGGACUUGCAUCUGGCAAUCCUGGCGCCAGCUCGAGCUUGUGGAACCGGCCCACGCGUGCAAGGGGAGACCCAAGCGCCGUAGAAGAUCCUUUAGACGCUGCGGAGAAGGAGAAACCUCGCUGGGUAAUCCAGGACAAUGAGAAAUUCGGAAAAUUUGUUGCGGAACUGGCGCGCUACACCACAAUGCUCAGAGACGCUGUCCUGCCUACCUCGGAAGCCAACGCUAGUAAGGAUCUAGAGGUGAUCCGCGACCUUGGCCAUCUGAAGGCACUUAUGCAAGCAGCAACAGAUCAUUUGACGACCAUCGCCGAGCCCACACGAGAAAUCAUCAACCGCAGGUGCACUGAGCGUAUCCUUUCAACACUCUGGUUCAGAAUGAUCGAUGAUCGAAGGGAAACCAUCGCUGCUGCGUGCCUUCAAACAUUUAGAUGGGCUCCGAAGCCUCCGGCGGACGACCAGCCUUGGGAUGGCCUAUCUCACUGGCUCCGGGCUGGCACCGGUAUUUAUUGGAUAUCAGGAAAGGCGGGAAGCGGCAAGUCGACGCUCAUGAAGCACAUUUCCUCCUCGGGCGUGACGAAAACUCUCCUGUCGGAAUGGGCCGGUGAUAGCCCAUGCACAAUGGCCGACUUCUUUUUUUGGUACCUUGGAACGCCUGAACAGAAGACACAAGACGGUCUUUCCAGAGCGCUUCUGUACAAAAUCUUCUCCUCUCAUCAGAAACUCAUUCCCAAAGCCCUGCCGGCCAUGUGGAGGGAGGCAUAUGACGACCGGGACACGAUCGCGUCUCCAUCCCCCGCCGAGGCGGAAAAGGCGUUCAGAGUCAUCUCAACCUCCCCUGAUCUCGGACGAUUCUGCUUAUUCAUAGAUGGCCUCGACGAGUAUCUCGGAAACUGCCAGGACGGCAUAUCGUUCAUCAAACGUCUCGCUGCCGGUCAGAACGUCAAGGUCAUUGUUUCCAGUAGGCCGACUCCGGAUUGUGCCGCAGCUUUCAGGGGAUUACCACAGCUUGACCUUCCAGACUUGAGACCGGCCGACAUAUAUGCAUUUUUCGAAGAUGUCAUUAGCAUACACCCAGAUAUGAGCAGGCUGUACGAGGACGACCCUCGCGAAUGGCUCUUGCAGCGAUGCUGCUGCGAACCCCUGCCCGCAAGGCUCUUGCAGCUAUGCUACGCAGAACAAGGGGCACGGGAGUAG